UCUGCUACUCAUUUGUCUUCGCUGUCGCCGCCAUUAAACAACAACGGAGACACGCAAUAGUGUCGCAUGUUUACACCAUGAUUCAGGGACUACGGAGGCUUCGUCGAGGUGCGGUGUUUUCUGCGAGAGGUUAAGGUGUCCGUAAAGGUAAACAUGUGAGCGAUUAAAGAGGUGGAAAUUACUCUGUUUGAGGAGAAAGGCUUGAUAGAGGAGGAGGAGGAGGAGGAAGAGGAGGAGGAGGGAGACUGUACAAGAAGGGUUUGUUGUUGUGGUCCACAGCAGCAACAGAGAAACUAGCAACAGCGAAAACGUGAUCCACGAUGACAGAACAGAGGGUAAAGUGGGCCUGUGACUACUGCACGUAUGAGAACUGGCCGUCUGCAGUCAAGUGCACCAUGUGCCGUGCACACAAGUCGAGGGGUCCCAUCAUCACAGAGGAACCCUACAAGAUCAGCCCUGAUCUGGACCCAAGUCCGGAGUGGGAUCCUCCCAGAACUGAGAGUGGCGGCAACCUCCUCAUCUGCCCUGACUCCAGUGCUAGGCCGAGAGUCAGGUCAACCAGCAUGGCUGAGAUUGCCAAUAAGUGGUCCUGCCAGAUGUGCACCUACCUGAACUGGCCCCGAGCCCUCCGCUGCACACAGUGUCUGUGUCAGCGCCAGAGGACCAGCAGCCCCACCGAGUCCCCCCAGACUUCAGGCACCAACGCAGGCUGUCGUCCUGCUCUCCACUCCCCUGUGGAUACCUGUGAGGAGUACAAUGACAGAAACAGACUCAACACCCAUCAGCAGCACUGGACAUGCACGGCUUGCACUUACCAGAACUGGCCCACGACUUUAAAGUGUGUGGCUUGUGACCACCCCAAGCCCAACAACCUAGAAGCCAUAGUGCUGGCAGAGUCUCCAGAGCCAGCACCUAUGAUCAAUGAGCAGGACAGGUCUCGUUGGAGGGGAAGUUGCAGUGGAGGCCAGGGCCAAAGGAGGUCCCCUCCUAUGCCCAAGAGGGAAGACAGCGUGAAAAUGGACUUCCAGAGGAUAGAGCUCGCAGCUGGAGCCAUGAGCAGCAAGGAGGAGCAAGAGGUCGACUUCAAGAAGCUAAAGCAGAUUAGAAAUCGAAUGAGGAAAACAGACUGGCUGUUCCUCAAUGCAUGUGCUGGCGUGGUGGAGGGAGACCUGGCAGCAAUAGAAGCCUACAAGUCAUCCGGUGGCGACAUCGCCCGGCAGCUCACCGCUGACGAGGUGCAGCUCCUCAACCGGUCCUCAGCGUUUGACGUUGGCUUCACCCUGGUCCAUCUGGCCAUCCGCUUCCAGAGGCAAGACAUGCUAGCCAUCCUGCUCACAGAGGUGAACCAGCAGGCAGCUAAGUGCAUCCCCUCCAUGGUGUGUCCGGAGCUGACGGAGCAGAUCCGCAGGGAGAUUGCAGCAUCACUACAUCAACGCAAAGGAGACUUCGCCUGUUACUUCCUCACUGACCCGGUCACCUUCACCCUGCCUGCAGAUAUAGAGGAUUUGCCACCUGCUGUCCAAGAGAAGUUGUUUGAUGAGGUAUUGGAUCGAGAUGUGCAGAAAGAGUUGGAAGAGGAAUCUCCUGUCAUCAACUGGUCACUGGAGCUGGGCACACGCCUGGACAGUCGUCUCUAUGCAUUGUGGAAUCGCACAGCCGGAGACUGUCUGUUGGACUCUGUUCUACAGGCCACCUGGGGCAUCUACGACAAGGACUCUGUUCUCCGCAAGACCCUCCAUGACAGCCUGCAUGACUGCUCCCAUUGGUUUUACACACGCUGGAAGGAGUGGGAGUCGUGGUACUCGCAGAGUUUCGGGUUGCAUUUCUCCCUGAGAGAGGAGCAGUGGCAGGAGGACUGGGCGUUCAUCCUGUCGUUGGCCAGCCAGCCCGGGGCCAGCCUGGAGCAGACCCAUAUUUUUGUUCUUGCACACAUUCUUCGCAGACCGAUCAUAGUCUACGGAGUGAAAUACUACAAAAGUUUCCGUGGGGAAACGUUAGGAUACACUCGUUUUCAAGGUGUGUACCUGCCUCUGUUAUGGGAGCAGAGUUUCUGCUGGAAGAGCCCCAUUGCCCUGGGCUACACUCGGGGCCACUUCUCGGCCCUGGUGGCCAUGGAGAACGACGGCUACGACAAUCGCGGUGCGGGCGCCAACCUCAAUACUGACGAUGAUGUCACGGUCACUUUCUUGCCACUGGUGGACAGCGAGAGGAAGCUGCUGCACAUUCACUUCCUGUCUGCGCAAGAGAUGGGCAACGAGGAGCAGCAGGAGAAGCUGCUGAGGGAAUGGCUGGACUGCUGCGUGACAGAAGGAGGCAUGCUGGCAGCCAUGCAGAAGAGCUCUCGCCGCCGUAACCACCCCCUGGUCACCCAGAUGGUGGAGAAGUGGUUGGACAGAUACCGCCAGAUCCGCCCCUGUGCCUCUCUGUCUGACGGCGAGGAAGAGGAGGACGAAGACGAGUGAAUGAGGGGGGAGGUAAAGAUGAAAGAGAGAGAGCCCUUAAAUCUGAGACUGGACACUGUAGGCUCUGGGAGAGUACCUUACUAUCUAUAUUUCUUUUUUUCUUUCUCCAAAAUGUAAAAUCUUUAACUUGUAAUGCAUGUGUUGUGUGAGCUCUGUGAUAGAUAUAAAAGAUACCAGCACCAACAAACCGAAUCCCUUUUACCGCUCCGAUGAAAGCACAUCAAGUCCACUUAGUUUGCCUCCCUGUACUCAGAUUUCUCCUUAUUUGUUAGCAAAGUAAUUAUCUGGACCUGACAGAAAUACUAGAACAUAUAGGAAAAUAUACCGUAUUUAAGGAAAUCCCAAAGCUGCACUAGAUGAGAAAUUUAAUUUACAGAAUUGCCUGACGGAAAUGUUGCUUAAAACCGAGAGAAUGCUGAUCUUUGUGUGUAUGUUAAGGUUUAAAGAGCACCUGUUUUUUUUUUUCUGAUUGCUGAUCCCGUCUGCAAACCCCUUCCGAUGUUUGGAUUUAUUUAUUUGUUUAGGAGAUUUAGCGCGCGGAAGCGAUACCUUUGUUCUGCCCCGUUUUAUCUGUGUUCCGUUUGAUCCGUUCAGUCUUGAAGUAUUUUAUUUUGCACAGAUGAUACCUACAUUCUGUGAGGGGAGGGGGAAAAAGGAAAGUACGUAAGUUUACUGACAUUUUUACGUGUGAUUUAGUAGCUCAUUGUCAUGUUAGAGUGGGUGGUGGUGACGCUGGUGGGGAAAAGAAAACCAAACACUCUGCCUCUUUCUAUAGAGUGCAUUAAUAUUAAAUUUGACUCACUUGCA